AAAACAAACAAACAAACAAAAAGAGAGAAAACGAAGAUAUCUGAGACCCGCCCCAAGUCCCAUCGGUCAGUCUGGCUUCGGCCUUCGUGGAGAGAGGAUCUGUACCGCCCCUCGCUCCGCCCCCUUCCAUAGUGUAUACCUAUUAAUUAAGCUACGAAAAGUAUACAUAUGUGCGUGUGUGUGCGUUUAUAUUCACGUACAUGACCCCCGUGUGUACGUAAACUUUGUGCGGAGUGAAGGAAGAAAACGAAGCAAGGAAGAAAGAAAGAAAGAUAGAAGAAAAAAUUAAAGAAAAUGAGAAAAUAGAGAAAGAUAAUUUGAAAGAGAAAGAAAAUUUGAGAGAAAGUGAAAGAAAUAUUAAGUAAAAUAAUAAUAAUAAUAAUAAAACAAAGAAAAUAUAAAUAAAAUAUAUUAAUAGAUAUUGAAAUUCUGUGAUAGUAGUAGUUAUAGUAGUAGUAGUGGUAGAAAAAUAGUAACUUGUACCGUAUAUAUAUUACUAGCAAGACUGUGAUAGUAGUAGUAGUAGUAGUAGUAGUAGUAGUAGUAGUUCAGGGUCCAGUGCAGUGAAAAAGUCCACAAAAGUCCACAUAAACUCAAAACCAGUCCGGGAAAAGUGCAAAAAGUUCAAGAAGGUCCAGGAAAAUUUAAUAAAAGUCCACAAAAGUUCAGGAAAGUUCACAGAGUCCAAGAAGGUCCAGGAAAAUUUAAUAAAAGUUCAGGAAAGUUCACGAAGUCCAAAAAAGGUCCAGGCAAAUAUAAUAAAAGUCCACAAAAACUCAGGAAAGUUCACAAAGUCCAGAAAAGAGUCCAGAAAAGUUCACAAACGUUUAAAAAUCCAGAAAAAGUUUAAAAAUAAGUUCAGGAAAGUCCACAAAAAAGUCCACGAAAGUUUUAAAAAUCCAGAAAAAGUUAAAAAGUUCAGGAAAGUCCAAAUUAAGUCCAGGAAAGUCCACUAACAAGUCCACAUUAAGUUCAGACAAAAUGUUGAACUGGGCCAAGAAACAUGUCCGCCACAAGUCCGCUUCCAAACAGUCCGCAAGAGACGAGGAGGAAGGAGAAGAGAGUCCGGUCAAAGUCCAACCCAGUCCGGAUAAACGAGAGUCCGGUCCGGAUAAACGAGAGCCCGGUGCGGAUAAGUCCAAGUCCAGUCCGCAUAAACGCAAACUGAGCCUCGACAAAAUCAAGUUUGGGUCCCUUCGAGGCAAGCCCAGUCCGGAUAAAUGCAUGGCCAGUCCGGAUGAUCAAGUUUCCAGUCCGGAUACACGAGGGGGAAGUCCGGAUAAAGGCAUGGGUGUGAGAGAGCGAAGCAGCACGAGCCCGGAUUACCGAGGGGCGAGUCCGGAUAACCGAGAGUCGAGUCCGGAUAAACGAGGGUCCAGUCCGGAUAAACGAAGGACCCCGAUUUUUGGGAGGAAAUUUGACUCGUUCAGAAAAUUUGCGACGCUUCGAAAAAAGAGUCAGAGUCCCGAACCGAAGAUGAAGGAGGAGGAGGAGGAGGAAGGAAGAGGAGGAGUGGGGAUGAAAGAGGAAGAAGAGGAGGAAGAAGUGGAGUUGAGGAGUGGAUUUGGUGGUGGUGGUGGUGGAGACAGUAUCAAACCGCGUCCAGCCACAAAAGUCUUCGUUCUACCUCCACUCAACACCACUCAACACCACCUCACCACCACUGCGUCAACACCAGAAUCACCACCCACACCACCACCGCCACGCUCCUCCUUCACCUCCACGGUUUCAUCACCACCACCAAAAGUGUCAUCACCACCGGCUUCAACUCCACUAAAAUUCAACACCAGACCCCCACGUACAAUCUUUCCCCUCCACAACACCACUACCUCCACCUCAUCCACCAUCACCAGGCUGUCAUCACCACCAAAGUCCACCACCACCACCACCACCACCAGCUCAACACCACCGCCUCUAUCACCAAAGCCAAAGGUCUUCAACACCGCUGUCAUCACCACCUCAACCCCAUUUAAACCUCCACCUCCAGCCACCACCAGAAGAGGAGGAGGAGGAGGAGGAGGAGGAGGAGAGAAAAAUAACAAUAAUAUGAAGGAAGAGGAGGAGGAGGAGAAGAAGAAGGAGAAGGAGGAGAAGAAGAGAGAAGAGGAGGAGGAGGACAAGAGGAAGAAGAACAGCCAAGCGACCACCACUACUACUACUACUACUACUACUACUACAUCAACUCCAACUAUCCAGGGUGGUGUAGCAGGCCCUGGAGGUGGUGAUGGUGGUGGUGGUGACCCCUCAUCACCACUCUCAACACCACAAAAAGAAGAAAUGGUGAUGAAGGCGAAAACCCACGAGUAUCCCCUCUUGAAAAUCGUAGAGAAUGGAGAUUUCGAUGGAGGAUUUUGUGAAACGAAUUCUUCCUCUUCUAUCGCUAAUAUCUCCGAGUCUACAGCGAUGGCGAUAGAACCGAAGGAUGGAAAUAGUGCCCAAAGCCUUAAAGUAGAGAUUGAAAGCCUGACCCAGCCCGCAGAAAGCCCAGAAAAGCCUGUAGAUAUGAAAGAAGUGGGGGAGUGCAAAUUAGAAGCGGAUUUGACACCCUCUCACAAAAUCGCUAAUAUCUCCCAAACCACAGCGAUGGAGAUGGAAACAGAGGGUGGAAAUUAUACCCAAAGCCCUAAAGUAGCGAUGGAAAGCCCGACCCAGCCCGUGGAAAGCCUCAGACAGCUGGAAAAGGCAAUAGAAAAAGAGGAAAAUGAGGAAAAAUUAAAAGAUGCAAUGGCGACCCUCUCUGCAAUGUUGCCAGAUCACGACAUCCCAGCUAACCUUACUACAAGUUCUCUAAAUAACGAAACCGGUGCGAAAACAAGCCCCAGCGCACUUGAGAACACUGAUAACGAACAGAUAACGAAAACAACACAUGGUGGGCGUGGUUUCGAUAACGCAGUGAUGCCAAAUCGAGACCAACCUGUAGCUACUAAGGGUUCACAUUUUAUUCUGGCUAAACUGACGGAAGGAGAGAAAAAUGAAGGGAAUGAAAAAAUGGAGAUAAACGGAGGAAAAGGGAGAGAAGGAGAGGAGGGAGAGGGUGAUAAAGAUAGUGGAAAGAUAGAAGAUAAUACCCUGGACCCUCUAGUGAAGAUAGGAGAUGGGGAAACAGGAAUAAAAGGGAGAGAUAUUGAAAAAACGCGAAAAAUCCCUCUGGAAAACAUCACAGAGAAGGAAAUGGUUAAGAUAAUUCAAGAUAAUCAAGAAAGUAAGCAAGAAAAGAUAGAAACCGCCCAGGAACUCACACUAGAUAACGUCAUUGCGGAACUUGAGAACAUCGCGAUUCUAGAUACCGGCCUGAGAACAGAGGAAGAGGGAGAAGAUAGCAAGAUAGAGGGUAAGAUAGAAACCACAAAGAUAGAUAAGAUAGAGACCGCAAAGAUACCGACCACAGACCCAGAGGAAGAUAGCAAGAUACAUAACAAGAUAGAAACCAAUAAGAUACCAACUAAACCCCCAGAAGAUAGCAAGAUAGAUAACAAGAUACCCACUACAGACCCAGAGGAAGAUAGCAAGAUAGAUAGCAAGAUAGAAACCAGUAAGAUAGCAACUACAGACCCAAUGGAAGACAGUAAGAUAGAUAGUAAGAUAGAAACCAGUAAGAUACCAACUAAACCCCCAGAAGAAGAUAGCAAGAUAGAUAACAAGAUAGAAACCACAAAGAUACCAGCUACAGAUCCAGUGGAAGAUACCAAGAUAGAGGGCAAGAUAGAACCCGCCUCUGGAACCCCUGAAAACGCCCAAGAUAUUAAAGAUAGCAUUGAAACCACAAGGAUACCAAGUAGAUACCCAUUUCAAGAUACCAAGAUUGUGGGCAAGAUAGAACCCGCCUCUAGAGACCAUGAAAACGGCCAAGAUAAUGAAGAUAGCGUUGAAACCAUUAAGAAAACAAGAUAUGGAGAAGAAACCAAAGAUAUUAAGAUAGAGAACGCGUUAGUAACCGCUUCUAGAGACCCUGAAACCACUCAAGAUAAAGAAACCAUUAAGAUAACAGCGGAAACCGAGGCACCAGAGGAAGUUAAGAUAGAGAACAAGAUAGCAACCAAGAAAACACUAGAUACCGAAGCCCCAGAGGAAGUUAAGAUAGAGAACAAGAUAGAUACCAGUUCUCAGAUGAUGGAAAUUCCUGUACAUCUUCAAGAAACCGAUAAGAUAGCGAGUAGGGACCCAGUGCAAGAUAGUAAGAUAGAGAGGAGGAUAGAAACCGUCUCUUGGAAGACUGAAACCGCUUUAGAUAAUGAAGAUACCGUUAAGAUAGCCACUACAGACCCAAUGCAAGAUAGUAAGAUAGAGAGGAAGAUAGAAAUUGCCUUAGAAAAUGUAGAAGCCAAAUGUAUAGAGGGAGGGAAGGAGGAGGAGGAGGAGGAGGAGGAGAAGAAGAAGGAAGAGAAGGAGGAGGAGGAGGAGAAGAAGAAGAAGGAAGAGGAGGAGGAGGAGAAGAAGAAGGAAGAGGAAGAGAAGGAGGAGGAGGAGGAGAAGAAGAAGGAAGAGGAAGAGAAGGAGGAGGAGGAGGAGAAGAAGAAGGAAGAGGAGGAGAAGAAGAAGGAGGAGGAGGAGGAGAGAAAACAACAUCAACAACGACAACAAGAGCAAGUCAUCACCACCACCACCACCAUCACCACACCACCAUCACCACCACCACCUCAUCACCACACCACCACCACUACGCCUCCACCUCGCCCGCCCUUCCCCUCCCCGGUCAGACGGAAAACAAGAGGAGGAGGAGGAGGGGUAGGAGGUGGGGUAGGGGGGUCUCUUCCGUCCUCCCCUUCUCUUCCAAGGAAGGGGAGAGCCGCCCCCGCUCCCCCUAUCCCCAUGGCGAGGUCCCUGCAAUCUAUUAAUGACCAGCCACAGAAGUCACCCACCACCACCACCACCACCACCACCGCCUCACCACCAAAAGCCAAGAAAUCCUUAAACCCAUUCUACUCCGACGAAGAAGAGGAGGAAGAGGAAGAGAGGAGGAAGGAGGAGGAGAGGAGGAGGAGGAGGCCUGUCCCUUCCCCUCGAAAGACUAUUCCAUAUAACCCAUUUGAGGAAGAGGAGGAGGAGGAGGAGGAGGAGAAGAGGAGGAGGAGUGCCUUAACCCCAACACAAGGAAGAAGAGAAGAAGGAGGAGGAGGAGGAGGAAGCAACCCCUUUGACUCCGAUGAGGACGAUAAUUCUUCCUCCCUCCUUCCUCCUUCUCCUCCUCCUCCUAAACCUUCCUCCACCAACCCCUUCGGAGAGGAGGAAGACGAGGAGGAAGAGGAGGAGGAGGGAAGACUGAGGAGGGAGGAGGAGGGGAGGAGGUCUCUCUUCCACACCCGCUCCCCCCUGACCAGAGAGGGGGUGAGAGGGAGCCUGCCCCCCCAUAUGAUAGGAGGAAGAGGAGGAGGAGGAGGAGGAGGAGGAGGAGGAGGAGGAGGAAGGAAGAAGAGGAAGGCCCCACUACCUCCACCCCAGACGCCACCAAGAGGAGGAGGAGGAGGAGGAGGAGGAGGAGGGAAGAAGCCCCUCCCCCGCCCCUCCACCUCGCAUGCCCCCACCCCCUCCAAGCAGCCGAAAAUAUUAGAGAAAAUCUGA